UUAUAAGAUAAAAAAUUAUUUGAUAAUUUAUAAAUGACGGAGUACUUCUAUUUGAUGUAAAUAUUAAAUAUGUAUGCGUAUGUGUAUCUUUUUCGAGCAAAUUACGAGAGACAUUCAGUGUGCAAAAUCAGUGUCCAAUUGUGUUUAAAAAAACAUAAGCAGAAUCGACGGAAAAUAGUUCAAAUAUUUUUAUAAUAUUUUAUUUGACAAGUUACUAGAGCUUUUAAAUAAAACAUGUGUUCUGCCUCGUAUAAUUUUAUGUGAAUCGGAUCGAGUUCGCGAUUCAAAUCGGAUGGAAAAUACAAAUGGUGAUAUAUUUUGUACUAAAUAGAGGAAAUACAUCAGUAUUGAUCAAACAUACACUCCAUACGGCCUAUAUUCGGCCACCAUCAUUUCUCUAUCUCUGUACUGUUAUUCUAAGGAAGUUUUGUUAAGAAUAAAAACGAUUUAACGAAAUUAUCAAAGUUGUAAGAUCUUUUAUACUCGUUGUGUAAAAUGCCGAAGAAGGGCAAAGGAAGCAAGUUGGCUCGCAUGAGCGACGAGGAACGCGCCCGCUACUUGCAACAUCGAGCCGAGUUGGAAUUGGAGACCAAACGACGCAAGCAACAGUUGAUCGCGUCGUUUACUAAGAACAAGCUGAAACGCGAGGAAGCGUUCUCGCGAUUGAACGCCGCGAAGAUCGACGAACAGUGGCGGUUCAUUUUGCGUCGAAUAAAGUGCAAGGAACUCCACGAGGACGUGGAUUAUCUCUGGAAAAAUUUCGAUCGCACGUUGAAGAUGAAAGAUUUCGUGAUAAAGCGUUUGUACGACCAGCUGGACACAGCUGACGCCGAUCACAGACGACUGCAAGAGGCUCACAUGCACAUGAUCGAUCUGAUACUCGGAGAAUACAAACAAAAGUCUACGCAACUACACGGCUCUUUCGUGCGUGAACGCGAUCGUAUCGCUUCGAACGAGAUGAGCGACUUAAAGAAGACACGGGAGACUCUGGGACAAUACUGUGCUAAAUUGCAAGAUAUAAUUGUUGGACAGGAUGAGGGAGUGGAAAAGAAAUUGGUCGAAACAAAACUCCGAAACGCCGUUCACAUACAGAACGUCGUGUACUUGAAAGAAGAUUCCUUGUCGCGCCUGAUGCAAUACACUUCCAACGAAGCGGAGCGACUGUGGCAACAGAUCAACGAAACGAUAAGCGAGUACGAAAACAGAACGGACGACAAGAGGAAACAGUACGAGUAUUUGAAGGAGCAAGACAAGGCUCAUCGCGACGGCACGGCGCAAUAUCCGAGAUUGCAGACGCAAUUGCAGAACGCGAUUAAGAACUUGAAACAAGACACGUGCGUAUUGUCGCAGAAAAGGGAGCAAAGCAUAACGAAACUCAAAGAUCAGAUCGCGCAUAUGAGAAAAACAGCUGAAAACUUGAGACACGCGCUCUCUACGACUCAAAUGUCGGAUACUAGUCGCUUAAAGAAACUGACUAUUAUCAGCGGCGGUGUUCUGAAAGAACUGCAGAGAAUGUCGGAGAAAGCCUCGAUCGUACUUUCUUUGCUGAAAAUGUGCUCUAGUUUAGAACCAUUUUCACUGAUCGUUCAAAAAUACACUUUACGCGAUGUGGAAUCUACCACUCUUACAAGUCGUAUGUCAGAAACGUUGGACAAGUUGGAGAAAUUUUGGGAACAAUUCAAUUACGUCAAAGCCGACAAUAUCUCCAUGAAGAGGAAAUGCAACAAGUUGUCGUUCGAAAACAAACAGUUGAAAAAUACGUUGCGCAUGUAUCUUUUGACCACCGUUUCCAAAACUUCGACUGUGCGACCACUCACGUCUAUUUCUAUAUAAAUAAACAAUACAAUUUUGUUUUUUUCUUU